AUGGCUAGGGUAUACGAUAAUUGGGAGAGGCUGGUGCGGUCGGCGCUUCGGAGUGAACAGCGGGCGGGUCACGAGCGGACCCCUAGCGGGAUUGCCGGUUCCGUUCCUGAUUCGCUUCAGCGGACGACAAACAUCAAUGCAAUUUUGCAAGCUGCCGAUGAGAUUCAAUCGGAGGACCCUAAUGUUGCGCGGAUACUAUGUGAGCAGGCGUAUAGUAUGGCUCAAAAUUUGGACCCAAACAGUGAUGGUAGAGGUGUUCUUCAGUUUAAGACUGGUUUAAUGUCUGUGAUCAAGCAAAAACUUGCCAAAAAGGAUGGUGGGCAAAUAGAUCGUAACCGUGAUAUUGAGCGCUUGUGGGAAUUUUAUAAUCAGUAUAAAAAUCGCCACAAAUUGGAUGACAUCCAGAGAGAGGAACAGAAAUGGCGUGAAACUGGGACUUUUAGUGCUAAUCUUGGAGACUUGCAAUAUAGAUUCUCAGAAAUGAAGAGGGUGUUUGCCACGUUGAGGGCUUUGAUUGAGGUAUUGGAGGCACUUAGUAAAGAUGCAGCCCCAGAUGGGGUGGGAAGGCUCAUUAAAGAAGAGUUAAGAAGGAUUAAAAAGUCCAAUGCAACUAUAUCGGGUGAGCUCGUACCUUACAACAUUGUCCCUCUGGAAGCACCAUCAUUAACCAAUGCAAUUGGAUACUUUCCAGAAGUUAGGGGUGCAAUAUCUGCUAUAAGAUAUACUGAGCAGUUUCCCCGGUUUCCAGCUGAUUUUGAAAUUUCGGGACAGCGAAGCUUGGACAUGUUUGACCUUUUGGAAUAUGUGUUUGGUUUUCAGAAGGACAAUAUAAGGAACCAACGUGAGCAUGUUGUUCUCACCCUAGCCAAUGCACAGUCACGACUUGGCAUCCCAGUUGAGGCUGACCCAAAACUAGAUGAAAGAGCUGUGAGAGAGGUCUUCUUGAAGGUCCUGGAUAACUACAUCAAGUGGUGUAGAUAUCUGCGUAUACGCGUUGUUUGGAAUAGUUUGGAGGCCAUAAACAAGGAGAGAAAGCUUUUCCUAGUUUCAUUGUACUUCUGCAUAUGGGGUGAAGCUGCGAAUGUUCGCUUUCUUCCUGAAUGCAUCUGCUAUAUAUUCCAUCAUAUGGCUAGGGACUUAGAUGUAAUCCUGGAUCGUGGGGAGGCGACUCCUGAUGCAAAUUAUAUAAAUGAAAAUGGUUCUGUGUCCUUCCUUGAGAAAAUCAUAUCUCCCAUAUAUGAGACAUUGGCAACGGAAGCAAUCAGAAACAAUAAUGGGAAAGCUGCGCACUCAGAAUGGAGGAAUUAUGAUGACUUCAAUGAAUAUUUCUGGUCACCUGCUUGCUUUGAGUUGAGUUGGCCUAUGAAGAAGGAUUCACCAUUUUUGUUGAAACCGAAGCCUAAAAGGGGAAAACGGACGGGUAAAAGCUCAUUUGUGGAGCAUCGGACAUUCCUUCACCUGUAUCGAAGUUUUCAUCGUUUGUGGAUCUUUUUAAUUGUAAUGUUUCAGGCUCUUGCUAUUAUUGCUUUCCAUGAUGGGAACCUUAACCUUGAUACCUUCAAAACAUUGCUUAGCAUCGGCCCAACAUUUGCUGUCAUGAAUUUUCUGGAAAGUUGUUUAGAUGUGGUACUCAUGUUUGGGGCUUAUACUACCGCUCGAGGGAUGGCUAUAUCAAGGCUUGUUAUUAGGUUCUUUUGGUGCGCGUUGAGCUCUGUGUUCGUGCUCUAUGUCUACUUGAAACUUGAGGAGGAAAGGAAUAGGAGUAUCUCAGAUUCAUUCUAUUUCCGGAUUUAUGUCCUAGUACUGGGUAUAUAUGCUGGUGUGCGUGUGCUUUUUGCUCUGCUGCUCAAAUUCCCUUCGUGUCACAGGCUGUCGGAAAUGUCUGAUCAGUCGUUUUUCCAAUUUUUCAAAUGGAUUUAUGAGGAACGCUAUUUUGUUGGCCGUGGGCUUGUUGAAAAAACUACCGAUUACAUGAGCUACGUGUUUUUCUGGCUGGUGAUCUUUGCUUGCAAAUUCCCCUUCGCAUACUUUCUACAGAUUAGGCCGCUUGUCCAGCCAACUAGGAUAAUCAUUAAUCUACCGCGGCUUCAGUAUUCAUGGCAUGAUUUGAUAUCAAAGAAUAAUAAUAAUGCACUGACAGUAGCUAGUUUGUGGGCACCUGUUGUUGCUAUUUAUAUUAUGGAUAUUCACAUUUGGUAUACCCUACUCUCUGCAAUAUAUGGUGCUGUAAUGGGAGCCAGGGCUCGCUUAGGGGAGAUUCGAUCAAUUGAAAUGGUGCACAAGCGGUUUGAAAGUUUUCCGGAGGCCUUUGUAAAAAAUCUUGUGUCUCCGCAGAUCAAAAGGAUGCCAUUUGACAGACAAUCAUCACAGUCUUCUCAUGAUAAUAACAAGACCUACGCAGCCAUAUUUUCCCCAUUUUGGAAUGAAAUUAUCAAAAGUUUGCGGGAAGAAGAUUAUAUCAGUAACAGGGAGAUGGACUUACUCUCAAUGCCGAGCAACACUGGAAGUUUAAAAUUGGUUCAGUGGCCACUUUUUCUUCUAAGCAGUAAGAUCUUAUUAGCAGUUGAUUUAGCUCUGGACUGCAAAGACACACAAUCCGAUCUUUGGAGUAGAAUAUGCAAGGAUGAGUACAUGGCAUAUGCUGUUCAGGAGUGUUAUUCAAGUAUUGAAAAGAUUUUGCAUUCCCUCGUUGAUGGAGAAGGAAGACUUUGGGUUGAAAGGAUAUUUCGUGAGGUCAACAGCAGUAUAUCAGAAGGAUCACUUGUUAUUACUUUGUCUCUGAAAAAGCUUCCAGUGGUUCUCUCCAGAUUUACUGCCUUGACUGGGCUGCUGAUCCGCGACCCUACUCCUGAACUUGCAAAAGGUGCAGCUAAAGCUGUAUAUGAUUUUUAUGAUGUUGUUACUCAUGAGCUGCUCUCACGUGAUUUGAGGGAUCAACUUGAUACUUGGCAUAUAUUGCUGAGGGCUAGAAAUGAGGGGCGCCUCUUUUCAAGGAUAGAAUGGCCAAAAGAUAGUGAUAUUAAGGAGCAGGUGAAAAGGUUGCACCUACUUCUCACUGUGAAGGACAGUGCUGCUAAUAUACCCAAGAAUCUUGAAGCAAGAAGAAGAUUGGAAUUUUUCACUAAUUCAUUGUUUAUGGACAUGCCACCAGCUAAACCUGUUUGUGAAAUGAUGCCAUUUUGUGUCUUCACGCCGUACUACAGUGAAACAGUGCUUUAUAGCAACUCUGAACUGCGGGUUGAAAAUGAAGAUGGAAUCUCAACUCUUUUCUAUCUCCAGAAAAUAUUUCCAGAUGAAUGGGAGAACUUUUUGGAACGUAUUGGUAAAGGGGAUAGUGGUGAUGCUGAACUUCAAGAAAGUUCCACUAGUGCUUUGGAACUUCGCUUUUGGGCAUCUUACAGAGGGCAAACCUUGGCUAGGACAGUGCGUGGUAUGAUGUAUUAUAGAAAAGCACUGAUGCUUCAGAGUCAUUUAGAAGGAAGAUUUGUAGAAGAGAAUGUCACGCCUACUAGUUUAUCAACUCAAGGUUUUGAGUUGUCACGUGAAGCGCGUGCUCAAGCUGAUAUAAAGUUCACUUAUGUUGUUUCCUGCCAAAUUUAUGGGCAACAAAAGCAGCGGAAAGCUCCAGAGGCAGCUGAUAUUGCUUUGCUGCUGCAGAGAAAUGAGGCACUUCGAGUUGCUUUCAUUCAUGUCGAGGAAAGUGGUGAGGCAGAUGGAAAAGUUACGAAGGAAUUUUACUCAAAACUUGUUAAAGCUGAUGCACAUGGGAAGGAUCAGGUAAUGGAUUUGAAUCGUCUACCCGAUUCCGGUGCCUUUGACAACUACCUUGAAGAAGCAAUGAAAAUGAGAAAUCUCCUUGAGGAGUUUAGGGCGAAUCAUGGUCUUCGCCCUCCUACAAUUCUUGGUGUAAGAGAACAUGUAUUCACGGGAAGUGUGUCCUCAUUGGCGUGGUUCAUGUCCAACCAGGAGACUAGUUUUGUGACCUUGGGUCAACGUGUAUUGGCAAAACCUCUAAAAGUCCGUAUGCACUAUGGGCAUCCAGAUGUCUUUGAUCGGAUAUUUCAUGUUACUCGAGGUGGCAUUAGCAAAGCGUCACGCGUUAUUAAUAUCAGUGAGGAUAUUUAUGCUGGGUUCAAUUCCACACUGAGGCAGGGGAACAUCACUCACCAUGAGUAUAUUCAGGUUGGGAAGGGAAGAGAUGUUGGUUUGAACCAAAUUGCUUUGUUCGAAGGAAAAGUUGCUGGAGGGAAUGGAGAGCAAGUAUUGAGCCGGGAUGUAUACAGGAUUGGGCAACUUUUUGACUUCUUCAGAAUGUUAUCCUUCUUUUUCACAACCGUUGGUUACUACGUUUGCACAAUGAUGACUGUUCUUACUGUAUAUGUUUUCCUGUAUGGAAGAGCAUAUCUGGCAUUCUCUGGACUUGAUCAAGGAAUAUCUAGGGAAGCCAGAUUUUUGGGGAAUACUGCAUUAGAUGCUGUUCUGAAUGCUCAGUUCCUAGUCCAGAUUGGUAUCUUCACUGCAGUGCCCAUGAUCAUGGGUUUUAUACUUGAACUGGGCUUAUUGCAGGCUGUUUUCAGUUUUAUCACAAUGCAGCUUCAGCUUUGUUCUGUCUUCUUCACAUUUUCGUUAGGGACAAGAACUCACUAUUUUGGGCGUACUAUUCUCCAUGGAGGUGCUAAGUAUCGAGCAACUGGAAGAGGAUUUGUUGUUCGUCACAUCAAGUUUGCAGAAAAUUACCGUCUUUAUUCCCGGAGUCAUUUUGUGAAGGCGCUGGAAGUAGCAUUGCUUCUUAUUGUUUACAUGGCAUAUGGUUACUCAGAGGGGGGUGCCGUUUCAUUUGUUCUGUUAACUCUAAGCAGUUGGUUUCUUGUUAUCUCAUGGCUUUUUGCUCCGUAUAUAUUCAAUCCAUCUGGAUUUGAAUGGCAGAAAACUGUAGAGGAUUUUGAUGAUUGGACCAAUUGGCUUAUGUAUAAAGGUGGAGUUGGUAUCAAAGGAGAUAACAGUUGGGAGUCAUGGUGGGAUGAAGAACAGAUGCAUAUUCAGACACUGAGAGGACGUAUACUCGAAACAAUUUUGAGCUUGAGAUUCAUAAUGUUUCAGUAUGGCAUUGUCUACAAACUCCAUCUUACUGGGGAUGAUACAUCAAUUGCGGUUUAUGGCUUCUCUUGGGUUGUACUGGUUGGAAUUGUUCUGAUUUUUAAGAUCUUCACGUUUAGCCCCAAGAAGUCGACAAAUUUUCAGCUGAUGCUACGGUUUAUGCAAGGAGUUACAUCGAUUGGACUUAUUGUAGCCCUUUGUCUGGUUGUCCUGUUCACUAGCCUAUCGAUAGCAGAUUUGUUUGCUAGCAUCCUUGCAUUUAUUCCGACAGGAUGGUUCAUUCUUUCCUUGGCAAUCACGUGGAAGAAGGUGGUAAGGAGCUUAGGGGUGUGGGAUUCGGUGAAAGAGUUUGCUCGAAUGUAUGAUGCUGGAAUGGGUAUACUCAUAUUUGCCCCCAUUGCUGUCUUGUCUUGGUUCCCCUUUGUCUCUACAUUCCAGUCCCGCCUGCUCUUUAACCAGGCAUUCAGUCGGGGUUUGGAGAUCUCUCUCAUUCUUGCUGGAAACAAAGCCAAUGUUGAAGCAUCCUCUUUCUGA